AUGUUAGGAUGGCAAAUCGAGGAGAAACGUCAGACAAUUAAAAUCAACAUUGGACCAGAGAUUGAGCCCAUGCAUGCUAAAGCAGACAUACUCGAAGGAGAGGUCAUAAAACAGGUAAGUGAACAUGACACAUAUGAGGAAGACCAACCCACCAAGAAUAUUAAGACUGAGAUCGCAUCGCACCCCGCAGAACGCCGAGAGGAGCCGGACGACAUCACCAGCCAAGCUGAAGACGUCAUACAUGGCAUAGAGGGACAGCCCGUACCACUGCGCACAGGAUGCGGAGAGGAGCCGGACGAAAUCACCCGCCAAGCUGAGGAUGACAUCCAUCAGAUCCGGACGCCCGCAUCUCAUAUCAUAGAACCAUUGCCGCCGACUGAGGACCACACACCCACCCUUUCCUUACAAGAAGUAAGCAUCAGACUGAAAGCAUUCAACGAUGCAUAUGAAGAAAACAGACGAUCAAAGGAAGACCCUACGCUCCUUAUCACGCUGGGUAGGAACGCCAUCCUGAAAGCAAUAAAAAAUGCAUUUGAAGGAAACAUACAAGCAAAUGAAGAAAUAAUUGAAGACGUCCGACAGGUGCGGAUAGCAUGUGAACAAGGUCUUGAUCUUGAAGAACUGGAACAACAGUUGAAGGAAGCAGCAGAGGAAAGCAGGACGGUAACACAGCAAAUUGAGGAGGAAUGUCAAACAACUAAAAUCAAUAUUGGACCAGUGAUCGAGCCCAUGCAUGCAAAAGCGGAAAUAAUCGAAGGAGAGGACAUAAAACAGUUAAGCGAACGUGACACAUGUAUGGAAGACCAACCUACCGAGAGUAUUAAUACUGAAGUUGCACCGCACGCCACCGAACGCCGAGAGGGACCGGACGACAUCACCAGCCAAGCCGAAGACGUCAUCCAUGGCAUGGAGGGACAGCCCGCACCACCACCCGCAGAAUGCCGAGAAGAGCCGGACGACGUCACCCGCCAAGCUGAGGACGUCCGGACGCCCGCAUCUCAUAUCAUAGAACCAUUGCCGCCGACUGAGGACCACACACCCACCCUUUCCUUACAAGAAGUAAGCAUCAGACUGAAAGCAUUCAACGAUGCAUAUGAAGAAAACAGACGAUCAAAGGAAGACCCUACGCUCCUUAUCACGCUGGGUAGGAACGCCAUCCUGAAAGCAAUAAAAAAUGCAUUUGAAGGAAACAUACAAGCAAAUGAAGAAAUAAUUGAAGACGUCCGACAGGUGCGGAUAGCAUGUGAACAAGGUCUUGAUCUUGAAGAACUGGAACAACAGUUGAAGGAAGCAGCAGAGGAAAGCAGGACGGUAACACAGCAAAUUGAGGAGGAAUGUCAAACAACUAAAAUCAAUAUUGGACCAGUGAUCGAGCCCAUGCAUGCGAAAGCGGAAAUAAUCGAAGGAGAGGACAUAAAACAGUUAAGCGAACGUGACACAUGUAUGGAAGACCAACCUACCGAGAGUAUUAAUACUGAAGUUGCACCGCACGCCACCGAACGCCGAGAGGGACCGGACGACAUCACCAGCCAAGCCGAAGACGUCAUCCAUGGCAUGGAGGGACAGCCCGCACCACCACCCGCAGAAUGCCGAGAAGAGCCGGACGACGUCACCCGCCAAGCUGAGGACGUGUUUAAAGCAGCCUGA